AUGUCCCCCCCGAUCAAGGCCCCUGGGGCCACCCAGGAUCUCACACAGGAGUUCCGGACCCAGACCAGGGGGAUACAUUCCAUCUCUGAUGCCCUGGUGAACGCCCGCCUCGUGUUCCUCCUCGCUGACCGGACCCUGUACGGGCGCGCCCUCACCUGCUUCUACCUAGUGCACAAGCAGCUGGACAUGAGUCUGCAUGCCGCGGCGGUCUCCACGUCCAAUACAGAUUUGAAGGCGUUUGUCCCCCUCCUGACCGAGGCGGCCCGGACAUCGGCCUUCGAGGCCGACAUGGCCUUCUUCCUGGGCCCGGACUGGGGGACCCAGCUGGUCCGUACCCCCGCUGUGGAGGCCUACGUCUCGCACCUGCAGCACCUGGAGGACACCGCCCCGCUGGCCCUGCUGGCGCAUGCCUACACCCAGCACAUGGCCCUGCUGGCCGGCGGCCGCCUGCUGGCUGCCAGCGUGGCCAAGGGCAUGGGCCUGCAGGCCGGCGGCGCCGGCACCGCGGCCUUCACCUUCCCGCCCCGGGACAGGACGGGGCGGGGCCUGCGCGGCGACUACAAGGACGCCCUGAACAAGCUGGGCCGGGAGCUGGACGCGCCGACCCGCUCGCUCCUCCUGGCCGAGCACGCAAAGGCCUUCGAGCUGAACAACGCCGUCAUCCGCGAAUUCCACAUCGGCCUGCAGCGGCCCCUGCUGGGCUCGCUCCGCCUGGUCUGCCAGACGUGGUGGAUCGCGGCGCCCCUGGCCCUCGGGCUGGCGUACACGGUGGCCAGAUACUCUUCUCUGUUGCCAGCAAACUCCUGA